AUGCCGCUACCGCCACCAUCACGCGAGAUAAUCACGCCGCCUCUACGCCUGGCACAAGCUUGUCUUGGUUCCGUAUAUACGCAGAAAGGUUCGGAAGAGGCUCGAAAUCUUUUUCAUGCGGGAGCUAGCCUCUGGGCCGUCAUCGUGGAAGUCGACAAUAGUGAAGCCAGAUCCCUCGAAAUGCUUGUUGCUACGAUCAUGGCACAGAGCACAUUGUUAUCCUGCUCCUCUGCAACGGUCAGUUUCAUCCCCAAGAGAGAGAAUGUGAGUGAACUGAAAGACCGUUCGAGCGCACCAAUCUGGUGUUUAUGGCUCUCAGAUCUCAUACAGAGUUUACACACAGGCGUUGCAGCCAAUUUCUCGUCGCGGGAGCUUUGGACAAAGAUGCCGUCAUCAACGCAUGAUUUCCACGACAUCUAUGAAAGACUCGUGUAUGGAGCUCGUGACGACGAAUUGCAAUCGAUACUGCCAGGGGGUAUGACGACACCGGAGGACGCUGUUCUCCUGCUCAUGGCCAUCAUCUCGGACGCAAUAUAUCUUCGCCAAGCACUUGGACGGCUGGUAUUAACGAAGGAAGGAAGGUCGAUGAGCAAUCCUUUCGUGCCAUUGACUCCAGAUACUGAGCUUGAACGGAUGCAAAUGCAGCUCUCACAGGGGCUUGAUAGAUGGGAGAGUCAAUUUCAGGGCGUCAUGGCAGCAGAUGUGAUGGCAUUUUAUCAUUACUGCAGGCUCUACAUCUCCUGUCCAGACCUCCCUGCUCUGCCGCCACUGUCGGGGUAUAAUAAUCCCGUUGCAGACAUCAGGUCUAGGUACCAAUCGAAGGCUGGAAACGUUUUCAACAUAGCUGAUAGUUCCAUUCAACAAGCAUGGCAAGUGCUCGAUUAUGCAGCGUUACGCUCCAAAACUGGCGAAAAGCUGUGCGCGAUAUGGCUUCCGAUUGUGGUUUUUCACGCCGGCCUGGUUAUCUGGGCCAGUAUCAGUCUGGUAGGCGGCGUUGAAGGUCGAGACAAGUCUGGUAGUAAGCGGUCACUGUUGGCAUUCAAAGUCGAACUCGAAGGAAUGCCUUGGCCCUGCUGUGCAGGAAUGGCGGCAGUCCUGGAGAAUCUAAUGCUGAGUGACUGA